AUGGCUCUGUACCAUCUGGUCGUCCUUGUGUCCCUCUUUAUGGUUCCUAGAUCGGAAUCCGCCACAUUUGCUUUCAACCGCACCGAUUUGCAAGUGGCGGUCGAUGACAUGAGAUCAAGAUCCUUCUUUGGCUUUGCCAUCCUGCUUCAGAUGCUGAACCGCACAUCAGAGCCGAACGAGGACUUGACUUUCCUGAUACCCACGGAUCCUGAACUAUCGGCGCCAUCGAUUGCAGUCAACCAUCUUGAAGAGUUUCUUUUCAGCCAUUCCAUCAGAAUGCCUCUAUCCUUCCAUGACCUGUUGCAUUUUCCUACCGGAACACUUGUCCCGUCCGGCUAUAGGAACCAGCUGUUCAGGAUCCACAACCGUGGGAGAUUGAGCUUCUUUGUCAACAAUGCACGGGUUAUCACGCCAAACGUGUGCUCCAACUCUAUGAUCAAGUGUCAUGGGAUCGACGCAGUGAUCGAGUUCGAGCAUUUUCCGAGAAACGAAAAGGUUAAGGUCAGUCUGACGAAUUCAAGUGCACCUCCACCGAUGGAAGCCCCGAGUCCUGCUUGA